GUUGGGACUCCAUUCCAGGCUGUCAGUGCAGCUUCCCUGAAGCUCGCCUCCCUGAACUAUCGUCCUCUCAGUAAUAACUUUACCUGCUUUCUAAACAAAGACAACCUGACAAUGAGUGGGGAUCAUGGACGCGGAGACUCUCAGGUCAACGCUGGAUCUAAAGGAAGUGACUCUCACAAACAUAAAGACAAGCACAAAGAAAAGGAACACAAACACAAAGAUCACAAGAAAGACAAGGAGAGAGAAAAAUUAAAGCACUGCAACAGCGAACAUAAGGAGUACUCUGAGAAAAAACACAAAGACAAACAGAAGCUGAGGCACAGUGAUGGCAGCUCAGACAAGCACAGAGAAAAACACAAAGACAAGGACAAAGAGAAGAGGAAAGAGGACAAGAGUCUCUCAUCCCAUUCUAACAGAACUAAAAAGGAGAAGGAAAAUGGCUAUGUAAGAGAGAGAAGUCCUGCUGCGAUUAAGAGCGAGCCGGAAGAUGACAACGGUUUCUACCCCUCUCCCAAACACAACAAGGCCACCAAACGUGAGAUGGAUGAUAAUGAGGAGUUUGAAUACAAGCCCAAGAGAGUCAAGGUAGAACAUGAUAAGAAGGCCAAGAAGAGGAAACAUGAGUACGAAGAUGAUGAGGAGGAUGAGUACACUAAGCACAAAAAGAAGACGAAAGACAAAAAAGCAACAGAGGGAAAGAAAGCCAAAAAAGAGGAUGAGGAGAAAUGGAAAUGGUGGGAGGAGGAGAGAUAUACAGAUGGCUCCAAAUGGCGCUUUCUUGAACAUAAGGGUCCUGUCUUUGCUCCACCUUAUGAGGCUUUGCCUGACAAAGUCAAGUUUUACUAUGACCGUAAGGCAAUGAAACUUAGUGCUCCUGCUGAGGAAGUCGCUACAUUCUUCGCCAAGAUGCUAGAUCACGAGUACACCACUAAAGACAUCUUUAGGAAGAACUUCUAUAAGGACUGGAGGAAGGAAAUGACAUCAGAAGAGAAGUCAGUAAUCACCGAUCUGAACAAGUGUGACUUCAGAGAAAUGAGUGAGUACUUCAAGGCCCAAUCAGAGGCUCGCAAACAGAUGUCCAAGGAGGAGAAACAGAAAAUCAAAGAGGAAAACGAGCGGAUCCUCCAGGAGUAUGGUUUCUGCAUCAUGGACAAUCACAAGGAAAGGAUUGGAAACUUUCGCAUCGAGCCACCGGGCCUGUUCCGAGGACGCGGCGACCAUCCAAAGAUGGGAAUGCUGAAACGGCGCAUCAGACCUGAAGACAUUAUCAUCAACUGUAGCAAGGACUCCAAGCAACCCAAACCUCCACCAGGGACAAAGUGGAAGGAGGUUCGCCAUGACAACAAGGUGACGUGGUUAGUGUCCUGGACGGAGAACAUCCAGGGCUCCAUCAAGUACAUCAUGCUGAACCCUAGCUCCAGGAUCAAGGGGGAGAAGGACUGGCAGAAAUACGAGACUGCCAGGCGAUUAAAGAAGUGCGUGGAUCGGAUUCGUUCUCAGUACAGAGAUGACUGGAAGUCAAAAGAGAUGAGGAUCAGACAGAGAGCUGUUGCACUGUAUUUUAUUGACAAGCUGGCUCUGAGGGCAGGUAAUGAAAAGGAGGAAGGCGAAACGGCAGACACAGUCGGCUGCUGCUCGCUGAGGGUGGAGCACAUCAAACUGUACCCUAAGAUGGACGAGCAGGAGUAUGUGGUGGAGUUUGACUUUUUGGGAAAAGACUCCAUUCGCUACUACAACAAAAUCCCGGUGGAGAAGCGGGUCUUUAAAAACCUUCAGCUGUUUCUGGAGAACAAGCAGCCAGAGGACGACCUCUUUGACAGAUUGAAUACCUCUAUCCUGAACAAGCACUUACAGGAGCUGAUGGAUGGACUGACAGCCAAAGUUUUCCGUACCUACAACGCCUCAAUCACCCUGCAACAGCAGCUCAAGGAACUUACCUGCCCUGAAGACAGCAUCCCUGCUAAAAUCCUGUCAUACAACCGAGCUAACCGAGCAGUAGCCAUUCUGUGUAACCACCAGAGAGCUCCACCCAAAACAUUUGAGAAGUCAAUGCAGAACCUUCAGACCAAGAUUGACGAGAAACAAAAGCAACUAUCUGCAGCCAGGAAGCAGCUGAAGGCCGCCAAGGCCGAUCACAAGGCCUCACAUGAUGAAAAGAGUAAAAAGGCUGUUGAUGUGAAGCGUAAAGCUGUACAGAGGAUAGAGGAGCAGCUCAUGAAACUCCAGGUACAAGCCACGGACAGGGAGGAGAACAAGCAGAUUGCUCUGGGAACCUCCAAGCUCAACUACCUGGAUCCACGCAUCUCUGUGGCAUGGUGCAAGAAGUGGGCCAUUCCUAUUGAAAAGAUCUACAACAAGACCCAGAGGGAAAAGUUUGCCUGGGCGAUCGACAUGGCUGAAAAGGAUUAUGAAUUUUAGCUGCAUUAGUGUUUUUAUUUGAACAUUUCUACCCAAGCCUUCGAUUGUACAGAUGGUUUGUACCCAAUGGUUUGUACCCAAUGGUUUGCACCCGCUGUGCGGUACCUGUGGGGCAGUGAGGGACGAAACCAGGACCGCACCAAAGCUGUGAUCACUGACAGGUUUAAUAAUUAUGCUGUAAAUAUCAACCAGUUGUGUACAGGCCAAAAUCAACUCUUGAAGGAUUUCACCAUGUUGCCCCAUAAGGCAUAUCUCCUUAGAAACUUUAUGAUGUUGUGUAUGUAGCUGCAGCUCUUUAACCGUAUUCCAGCAACCAUGAACACAUUAAGUAUUAUGUUGUUUCAGAUGAAAAGUUCUGAGAUGCUAAGCCACCAGAUUCAUUGAAUAAUAUUCUGAUGGAAUAGUGAAUUAUUACGUUUUUGACAACAUGACAGAUUAUGAUGGUUAUAAUUAAUUCUAGGUAGUGUUGUUUUAAAUAAGCCGGACAGACUGGUGACAAUGAAGAAACUCUAACUCUAGCACUAUGCUAACACACAUUAGCACACAGAAUGUUAAGUUUUGUCCAUGCUGUUUAUUUCAGGGAUGUACAUAUUCUCAUUUUUGUUUUUGUUUUUAAGCGUUUGCUGUAUUCAUUCUUAACAAAAAGUCCUUAUUGCUCUAUUGCAGCUCUUUUGUGUGUGUGCGUGCGUGCGUGUCUGUCUGUUUCUUCAGUCUUACAGUGAACAGGGCGUAACAGUGAUCUCCGCUACUUGAAAUACCUAAAUGAUAAUCUUUUGUCUGCCAGAGCUCAAAGAGACUGUUCCCUCUAACAGAGGGAUGGUGAUUAUUGCCAAAAAUGAUCACGUCAUCUAUCCUUGUAGGUGUACUGUUUUUGUAAUGCUAUAAUAGAGCAGAUCAUGUCUAUGAAAAGUCUAAUGGAAAUGGAUAACUUUUGUCAUGAAUAUGUCUUGUUAUUGGAUCACUUAUCACACAAUCCCGCUCUGAUUUGAAAGCUUGUUGUCUAGAGCUUUGUAGUUUUCAGAAUAAAACAUCAACCUUG